AUGGCUAGUCGUGAUCGUGAUAAAUUUAGAUCACAUCCUUCAGGUCAUCAAAAACGGUUAAAAAAAGCAAAAGUUGAAGCAUUCACGCAAAAACAACGUGCAUUUUUUGAAAAGUUUGUCAGCAAAAAAAAUGAAGUAAACUCGGUUAAUAAAAAUGAUGGAAUAGAAAAUACAGAUAUGGAUUGCGAAAUUCGGGAAGUGUCUAAUGGAAAUGGAAAUAUCACUGGAUUGAAAAAUAUUCAAAAUCUCACACCCCCUCUUGAUGAUGUUCUAGAGACACAAAAUACUUCGAACGAUAGGUAUGUUUAUGAUUUAAAUGAUCCUGGAUGUUGGCCUUCAGAAAUCACCCAUCGAAUACGAAUAGACAUUUUAGGUGUAGGUGUAAAAAGAAAUCCACAUCAAGAGUUUCCUACUAAUAAUGAAAACCCACCAAGAAAGUUUACUUCUUAUCAUUUCUAUCGAACUAUGUCUAACGGUGAACGCGUUGAUAGAGAAUGUGGCUUAUCUUUAAACGGUAUCAAUGAUUGGAAAAAUAUAAGUUAUUCUCUUAAAAUACAUGAACAAUCGAUUAAUCAUUGUCAAUCGCUCAAAGAUUGGUUAGAACUUAAAACAAGAUUAUUGACAUCACAAACAAUUGACAAAGAACAUUUAGCGAUGUUAGAAAAAGAAAAGAUCCACUGGCGCAAUGUACUUAAAAGAAUUAUAUGUGCCGUGAAAUUUUUAUCUAAACACAAUGAUGCAUUUAGAGGUUCAUCUGAUAAAGUUUGUACAAAAAAUAAUGGAAAAUUUCUUGGACUUAUCGAAAUGAUGGCAUCAUUCGACGAUGUCAUGGCAGAACACAUCCGAAGAAUAAAUAAUCAAGAAACUCAUGAUCAUUACCUCGGACCAGAAAUUCAAAAUGAAUUGAUAGAACAAAUGUCGAAUAAAGUACGUGAAAAUAUAAUUAAAAUCAUAAAAAGUGCAAAAUAUUUCUCAAUCAUGAUGGAUUGCACCCCGGACGUAAGUCAUCAAGAACAACUUUCAUUAAUUAUUCGAAUAGUUAAUUUAGAAUUAGAAAGCGAAACUUUAGCACCAAAAAUCGAAGAAUAUUUUUUAGAUUUCAUAAGCGUUGAAUCAACUACUGGUUUACAUUUAACAAACUUACUUGUUUCAAAAUUACAAGAAUAUAAUAUUGACCUUCUGGACUGCCGUGGACAAGGUUAUGAUAACGGAUCAAAUAUGAAAGGACAAUAA